AUGAAAGAUGAUGAUGAGAAGAGAUGGGAGAGGGGGAGAAGCAGUCCUUAUAAGCUGCUUCUACCCCUCACAGCAUCAGAUGUUCCUGCCUUCACCAUCUCACAAUCAGGUGAAUUGUCUGUUUUCUCGUAUUCUCACAGGAAGUCACGACUCACGACGAGCUACGGAGGCAGAGCCCCAGUUGCUAUUUCCGGAUUGGGCUGCAAAGGGUGAAGCGCAGCGCACGGCACCUGCUGUAAGUACGAGCCUCCCCCACCAUUCUCGUGCGCUUUGCUGGCAGACUGACGUCGAGAGGCUCUGGAUUGGUAGAGAUCUUCCGGGUUUUGUUGCUGAGUGA